AUCAACAAACCUAUGCAAAAGUAUUUGUGAAUUCUGCAUUCUAUCUGCAAUUAAUUAAAAUUAUUUAAGUGAAAAAUACAAAUUUUGAGGUUUUGGCAUUUACCAAGCUUUCGGUGAUAGUAACAAGAAAUCUAUACGCGAGCAAAGCUGCCAGGAUAUUUGAACCUAACAUUUUAUCAGAUUUUGCGGCUUUGUUCAAGGUCGUUGGCACUAUUUCGCCGACGAGGGAACGAAGACUUACGCACAUUAAUUACCGCUAAGAGACGCACAGAAAAAUGGCCAUUAGUUUUGAGAAGCAUCGUGCUGAAAUUGUCGAUGCCUGGAAAGAUGUGCUUAGCGCCAAGAGCAACACCAAUUGGGCACUAUUUGGCUAUGAAGCCCAAACGAACGAACUGAAGGUAGUUGGAAAAGGAGAAGGAGGCGUGGAGGAGUUAACCGAAGACCUAAAUAGCGGUAAAAUAAUGUACGCAUUCUUGCAAAUCGAAGAUCCGAAGACUGGCCUCAAUAAAUACCUGUUAAUCAACUGGCAGGGUGAAGGUGCUCCAGUGAUACGUAAGGGCACAUGUGCCAACCAUAUUCAUGACGUUGGAAAAUUUCUAUCUGGUGCUCAUUUAACAAUUAAUGCGCGUAACGAGGAUGACAUUGAUCUAGACCGUUUGCUUAAAAAGUUAAGUACGGUUAGCUCGGCUUACAGCUUUAAAGAGCCGCGCGGCGUAGUGGAAGAGCAAAAAGCGCCCGUGGGCACAAACUAUACGCGUGUCAUUCCCACUAAGGAGCUGAAUGCUACCGUAAUGCAGGACUUCUGGAAAAAAGAGGAAGCAGAGGAGAAGAAUCGCAUUGGGGCUGAAAGGGAAGCAAAGCGAUUAGACCUUCUAAAGCUCGAGCAAGAGCAACGCGCUCGUGAAGAAAAAGAGCAUAAUGAACGCGAGAAGCUUGUCAUAAGCACGACGAAACUCCAGCCAGCGCACGUGCCCAUAAAAACCUCUCCACAACCAUUGAGUCCGGAGAAAACCAGUGCAAGUUUUGCAAAUAACUUAAGCGAUGCAGAACGUAUGCGUCAGGCUCGAAAUCAGGAGGCACGUGAGUUAAUUGGCUCCCGAGUGGGUGCUGCCAAGGCCAUGUUCACCAAGCACACUAGUGAGGGUCAGCUGCAGUCUAAACUAAACACACAACCGCCGGCGAAGCCUGCUCGUAAUUCUAUUGCACAACGUAUAAAUGUGUUUAAUCACAACCAGCCGCAGGAUACAGCGAUCCCUUUACCUCAACAGUCUGCAGCACCGCCUAAAAUGCAAGUUGCCAUUGAACCUGCAGCUGCUGUCAUGGCCGAAGUGCCAGUUGUGGCCGAAGUGAAUUCUAUUGCAUCUAUUACUGAGGAGGAGGUACAGCAACCUGAGGACCUACCAUUAGCUCAUGAGAGUGAACAGUUUUCGACCAUCAAACGGUCGCCUCACAGUAAAACAAACUCGGUGCAAUCACAGUCGCCAGACGAAACAACAUCGUCGAAUGAGACUGACACGACCGUUUUUAAGGAGGAGGAAGAGGUGCGCACCAAAGUUUCUGUUACAGUGCAGCAGUCGCAGUCGGUUAAAACUUCUGGUUUAAGCACGCUGGAGCGCAAUACACUUACCGAUCUGGUCAACGAGGACGACUUCAUAUGCCAGGAGACCUUGGGUGACUUAGGACUCCGCGCGCGGGCUUUGUAUGACUAUCAAGCAGCUGAUGAGUCAGAAAUAACAUUUGAUCCUGGCGAUGUUAUAACUCACAUUGAUCAGAUCGACGAGGGAUGGUGGCAAGGCUUGGGCCCCGAUGGAACCUAUGGACUGUUUCCGGCAAACUAUGUCGAGAUUAUUAACUAAAAAGAACAUUUUAGCAAUAGCAAUUCUACCCAAAUUCGUAUCUAAUAUGGCAGCUGCACAGCAGCUACGUCAGUUAAUCUAAACAGCCAUGCCUGUAAUUUAUAAAUCAAACAUUUAUAUCUGAAUUAGUCACACGUCAAGCACGGCUGCCCAGUAUAUAUAUCUUGAACAAUAAUGCAGUACUAUACUAUACCUAAUGAGAUUUUAAAUUGCCUAUAAACGACUAUAACACGGUUUAGAACGUACGUCGCACGCACCAUGUUUUUACAGGUGCCUUCCAUUUUUAUGUAUACAUUUCAUAUCUGAUUGUUAACCUUAAGAUUUCGAAACAAAGUUGCGUCCUUUUUUUAAUUUUUGUUUAUGCACAUGAGUAUUUGU